CAGUCCAAAUCGCAUUGCCCGUAAGAACGCACGCCAAUCCCCCACCCACUCUCUCUCUCUGUGUCAGCUCAGUCAGCAUAUGGACUGAAUCACUGAGCAGAGCAGUGAGCAGCGAGGGAGCACUGAGCACUGAGCCGCCCGUUGCGGCCACCGGCGACCGUCACCCUCCACCGACGCCAUUGAUAAUGCACGCUCCCCUCUCCCCUUCUCUCCUCACCUAACACCACCUCGCUCUUCCUUAGAGGACUCACCAGAGAUGGAAGACCUUCAAGAACGGCGCGCAGACAUGAGAUCACCCAAGUCCUCCUCCAAAACCGAUUCGGAUUCCGAAUCUUUAGCCCUCGCAUCGUUCUUGGACUCCUACGUCGACCGUCCCCUCCCCCUCAAGAUCCUCCUCCCGCAGCUCCGCCGGUCGCCCAGGCUCUCCCCUGCGAAUUUCGGCCUGCAUGCCUCACCGCUGGCCGUGACCGCUGCACAGAUCCAGCAUGCCCUCAGUCGGUCUCCAAGAUUCUCCCUGCCCCUGCCUGAAGCCGAAUGCAGCUAUCCGAGACGGAAUCUGAGGAUGAUUUUGAACUCCGUCUCCGAGCAACGUCCCAGAAAGUCGCCGAGGCUACGUGAAGGUAAUUCAGCUGGCGAGGAUGCCGGUUUGGGCGUGGAUUCAAGCGCAUUGUGUGAUUCUUCGACCGAGUCGGCCUUGAAGAAGCUCAAGAGGCCUCUUAAGAUCUGUGGUCCUGAGAUGAGCUUACGGCGGUCCCCAAGGUCCUCCGCGUCGCCUGGCAUGGCUGUUCAGAGCUCGAACGCCGGUGAAGUUUCAACUAAGGACCAACGAUGUGCAGACACGUGCUCCAUGUUGAAGGACCAUGAGGAAAACUCUAUGAAGUUACAGCAUUUAGAGGAUAAAUCUCUCCGGAGAUCUCCGAGAUUGUCCUUUCAUAAAUCUACAACUGAAGGUAGUUGCCCAAGAGCAUUGCCAAGGAUAUCACGUGCAAAGUUGAGAUCAUCUCAAAGUGGCAACACCGUGCCCUUGUCACAAGAAGAUUCUGAUAUUCAAACAAAGUCAUUUGGGACUCUAGGAGAAAAAUCAUACUCCACCCAGUGGAAUAAGGAUGAAAAGGCAAUGCUUAUGCAGUCGAUGCUUCAUGAUUCAGCAUCUACUAUUCCCUUGCUACGAAGGUCUCCCAGACAUACUUUGGCACCUGAACAUAAUAUUGGUAACAAUUCUAUAAGAAAAAUCAAUAUGAGGAUUGCUCAUGUUGCCCAACUGAGAAGGUCCCCAAGACAUUCGCCUCAUGGUGGAGAUACUGUUGUCAAUAUUAACUGUGCAGUUGUUGAUGGAUCAAAUAAAUGUCCUUCCAAGAAAAUCAAAGUAUCUUCACACAAUUUUUGUAAAAUAACAUCAGACGAUGAAUUUUCAAGCCAAUCUUCUGAAGGAAACAAUGUUCUAGUCAAGGACGAAAUAAAUGAAGAUUGUCAUGUAUCAACUCUAGGGCUUGAGACAACUGAGAAGCAAAUUCCAUUUGAAACUAAGGUUUCUGAUUCUUUUGGGAGCAUUCUGAGUGGAAAAGAGAUUAAUUUUUUUAUUGGGGAUCCAUUUCCUGAAGAAGAGGCUCGAGAAAGGUGGCGAUGGCGUUAUGACAUGAAGGAUCAAAAACCAAAAGUUAAAAGCAAAUCAUCUGAAUCUGACGAUGAAGAUGAGAUAGUCACUGACGUGAAAUGUCACUACAGACAAGCUAAAGUAAAUGGCUGCAUCUAUAGCCUUGGUGAUUGUGCAACAGUACGGGGAGAAGGUGGAAAGGAACAUUUAGGGAGAAUCUUAGAAUUUUUCAGAACAAUUGAUGAGGAGGAUUAUUUUAGGGUUCAAUGGUUUUAUAGAACUGAAGAUACGGUUCUGCGGGAGCAAGCUAGCUUUCACAACAAGAAGCGUCUCUUUUAUUCUAAUGUAGAGAAUGAUAAUCCCAUUGAUUGUAUUAUAGCAAAAGUGAAGAUUACAAGAAUAGCUCCUAAGUUUGGUGUGAAAUCGAAUUACGUCCCACCGUCAGACUUCUAUUAUGAUAUGGAGUAUUGUCUAGAGUAUUCAAGCUUUUGCAACUUGCCAUCUGAUACUUCUAUUCAGAACAUAGUAUCAUCACCUUUAUUAGAGAACAAGCCAUAUCACCUUCAGAUUCUUCCCAUCGAUGCCACAUCACCUUUAUUAGAGAACAAGCCAAGCUGUGUAACUGACAAAACAGAAUUAACACUGCUUGAUCUUUUUUCUGGAUGUGGAGGCAUGUCAACUGGGUUAUGUCUUGGUGCCAAAGUUUCUUCCGUUAAUCUUUUGAUGAAAUGGUCAGUUGAUUGUGACGAGUCUGCUUGUGAGAGCUUAAAAUUGAAUCAUCCCGAGACAUUGGUUAGGAAUGAGGCUGCAGAGGACUUCCUUCAACUGUUGAAAGAAUGGGAAAAGUUAUGUAAACGCUAUGCAGUCAAUAAGACAGAAGUAACACGUAUAGUCAGGUCGAAGGACCGUGAAGUUGCUCAAGGCAAUGAAUCUACAAUAAAUGAUGUUGAGGUACCAAGGGGUGAGUAUGAAGUGGGUAGCCUAGUUGAUAUAUGUUAUGGUGAUCCCAGUGAAACGGGCAAGUGUGGACUAAAAUUUAAGGUGCGCUGGAAAGGUUAUACUUCGAAUGACGAUACUUGGGAACCGAUUGAAGGGCUGAGUAAAUGCCAAGAACGCAUUGAAGAUUUUGUGAGAACUGGGUAUGGAUCCAAGAUUUUGCCUUUGCCAGGUGAUGUUGAUGUCAUUUGUGGGGGACCGCCAUGUCAAGGAAUUAGUGGCUACAACAGAUUCAGGAAUAUUGACUCUCCGCUAGAUGACGAAAGAAAUCGUCAAAUAAUAAUCUUCAUGGACAUUGUGGAAUUCCUUAAGCCAAAAUUUGUGCUCAUGGAAAAUGUGACAGAUAUUCUCAGAUUUGAUAACGCUUCACUGGCAAGAUAUGCGUUAAGCCGUUUGGUGCAUAUGAGAUACCAAGCAAGGCUAGGAACCAUAGCAGCUGGUUCAUAUGGCCUUCCCCAGUUUCGUCUACGGGUUUUCCUAUGGGGAGCUCAUCCAAAAGAGAUGCUGCCACAGUUUCCUCUCCCCACACAUGAUGUCAUUGUUAGAUAUUGGCCUCCUCUAGAGUUUGAGCGGAACACUGUUGCUUAUUAUGAGGGUCACCCCCGUGAACUAGAAAAAGCAGCUAUUCUUCGAGAUGCCAUCUCUGAUCUUCCAGAAGUCACUAACCACGAAACCUGUGAACAAAUAUCAUAUGACAAACCUCCUGAAACAGAGCUGCAGAGUUUCAUAAGAUCCACUAAAUAUGAAAUGACGGGAUGUCCAGUAGAUAAAUGGACGCAAACGAAAAGUUUACUCUAUGACCACCGACCUUAUGUAUUUUCAGAAGAUAACUAUCUGCGAAUUUGCCAAGUGCCAAAAAGGAAGGGAGCAAAUUUCAGAGAUUUUCCGGGCUUAAUUGUGGGAGACGACAAUGUAGUGCGACGUGAUGAAACAAAGGAGCCAAUUUUGUUACCAUCUGGAAAGCCGAUGGUACCGGACUAUGUUUUCACUUUCGAGCAAGGAAAGUCAAAAAAACCCUUCGGAAGGUUAUGGUGGGAUGAAACUGUGCCUACUGUGUUGACGUUCCCUAACUGUCGGAAUCAGACAAAUGUACAUCCGGAGCAGGAUAGGGUGCUGACAAUACGAGAAUGUGCGAGGCUUCAAGGUUUUCCUGAUUACUACAGAUUCAGUGGGACAAUCAAAGAGAGGUACUGCCAGAUAGGCAAUGCGGUUGCUGUUCCAGUCGCAAGGGCCUUAGGGUACUCACUGGGAAUGGCAUAUCGCAAACUGAGUGGCAAUGAACCCAACAUGAUCCUUCCCCCUAAAUUCUCUUGCUCCUCUUACAUGCAGUUAGCCAACUUGCAUGGUUCUGCUGAAGCUCCGUCCCUCUAACCCAUCCUACCCUCACUCUCAUUUCCCCCCUUCUCUUGACCACUAUUACCGAGCCGUAUUCAAGUCAUUUACCGAUAGUCAUUAUGGACGGUCUUUGGUGAUAAUUUUUUUCGGGAUUCUGCAAAUUCUUCUGGUGAAAGAAUAGAAUCUUAUGAUAUUAUUUUCUUCUUGAUUUUUUUCAGAUAAUUUAGUCCCUGGCCUAAAUUUUCCUGGCAUAACCCAUUUUUCACGUCUCCCCAGCUAGGCCUUGACUGUCAUAACUACUUGGGAUUUGCAGAAGACAGAAUUCCUGAUUCUUUUCCCUUCACGGAUGCGAGGCCCGAUCUUCCCGGAUGAGCUACUAGCUAGUUCUCAUGAGGGAGAGCUUGUAUUCGAUGCGUGGAGGAACUGUAACCGGGAUAUUGAUGUAGCAGUGGACUCUAGAGUACCAGUUGUAUGGUACUGUACCAUUCUAUUGUUUUUAACCUUCUUGCAUGACACUGCAUUUUCUCUGUAUGUAUCGGAAUUGUGCUAAUUUGUCAUCUAAGGCUUGGUAGUCUAUAUAUUUGUUGUGUCGUACGUUUUCACCCAGGCAACCAAAAGAGAUCCUGCAUUUAUCAGAAUCCGUACUGGAACAGUAUUCCCUGCCAAGCAUUUUUUACAAUCACAGUGAUUGACACUUGGAAUCAUCAUAGACAGAAACUUCAUCAA